CAUAUAGGGCAAGUCGGUCACCUUUUUUCCUUUGCAUCGCUGUUCGUCCGUACGACGACCACUCUCAUUUUCAGUCUCUGGUUAUCUUCUUCUCUCUCAUCCGCCAAUUGAUCUUCUUCUUCCUCCUCCUCCUCUGAAACCCUCCGAUUUCUUCUCAUUUCUUCUUCAAUUCAAGCGUUUUCAUCUCCUGGAGAUGGAAUUUUCCUUUUCCUGCAUUUCCAAACCCUAAUUUUCCGAUUCGGUGUUUGUUUUUGCGUUGUUUCUUACUCGUCUUCUGUUUGUUGACGCUGAAAUGGACGGGAAUGCUAAUGGCGGAGAAGCUGGAUUAACCUCCGGAAGUGGAAGCUCUCAUCCUACGGUGCCGCCUCCUAUCACUAAUGCCAACGCGCCUCCGCCGUUUCUGAGUAAGACCUAUGAUAUGGUGGAUGACUCGGCUACCGAUGCGGUUGUGUCCUGGAGCUCCACGAAUAAUAGUUUUGUGGUGUGGAAUCCGCCUGAGUUCGCUAGGGAUCUUUUGCCCAAAUAUUUCAAGCAUAAUAACUUCUCCAGCUUCGUUAGGCAGCUCAAUACCUAUGGCUUCAGGAAAGUUGAUCCCGACCGUUGGGAGUUUGCUAAUGAAGGCUUCUUAAGAGGUCAGAAACACCUGCUUAAGAGUAUAACUAGACGAAGGCCUGUCCAUGGUCACAGUCAGCAACAACCACAGCAGUCUCAUGGACAAAGUUCCUCAGUGGGAGCUUGUGUGGAAGUUGGUAAAUUCGGUUUGGAGGAAGAGGUUGAGAGGCUUAAAAGAGACAAAAAUGUUCUCAUGCAGGAACUUGUGAGAUUGAGGCAGCAGCAACAAACUACUGACAACCAGCUGCAAACUAUGGUACAGCGUCUACAGGGGAUGGAGCAGCGACAGCAGCAGAUGAUGUCAUUCCUUGCAAAGGCCGUGCAAAGCCCUGGCUUUUUGGCUCAGUUUGUGCAGCAGCAAAACGAAAGUACUCGACGCAUAAGUGAAGCUAAUAAAAAGCGAAGGCUCAAGCAGGAUGGAAUUGCCGAGUCAGAGCAUACUACUGUUCCUGAUGGGCAAAUCGUGAAGUAUCAACCUCUCAUGAACGAGGCAGCGAAAGCUAUGCUGAGACAGAUAAUGAAAAUAGAUACUUCACAUUUGGAACCUUUGAACCACAAUACUGACAGUUUUCUAAUCAGUGAUGGUUUGCCAUCGUCGUGUGCAGCAAUGGACAACGGGAACUCUUCUACUUCUGUAUCAGGUGUGACUCUUCAAGAGGUACCUCCGACCUCAGGGGCGUCUUCUUUUAACUCAGCCGCUUCGGGUAUUGCUUCUCAUGGCCCCUCAACUGCCAUUUCAGAAAUUCACUCGUCGCCCCAAGCCACAACUUCUGACAAGGUUUCAACUACUCCUUUUUCUGUUAAUGCUGUGCGCGGUCCAGGGGCUCGGGAAGCUUCUUCCUUGCCCGUUUCAGAGACAGAUGUAAUCAUGUCUGAGCUUUCCCAAAUAUCUGAAAUGGUGUCUGAGAACAUUAUUGAUGCUCCUGAAGCAGAUUAUAGGGCAGCUGAGACUGGGAAUGGUGCAUUUUCAGGUCUGAGUUUGUUGGAAGCAGCCAAUAUUCCCAUUGAAAUUGAUAGCAUAUCCCCCGAUCCUGAUAUCGAUGCCUUACUAGACAAUUCCAACUUCUGGAAUGAUCUUCUUGUGCAUAGCCCAUGCCAGGAGGAAGAGGUUGACUUUUUGACUGGAGGACUACCGAAGACAAACGAAAUGCAGCCGUUAGAAAACAUGUGGGACAAAUCUAAACAUGUGGAUAAACUUACGGAACAGAUGGACCUUCUCACUUCAGAAAUUAAAAGGGUUUGAGCUUGAUCGUCAAAUGUAAAGUAGGUUCUAGAGUCGAUUAAGGUUUCGCUUCGGUAGCUGUGGACGGAUACCCUUAGAAUCAUGGAGGUCUGUUAAUACUACACACGGUAAUGUUCGUAGUUACAUCUUUUUCGUCGUCUAAUGAGCUUUAAGUUUAGCUUCUUGAAUUACAAGCCAUGGAAAUAGAAAGGUAAGGAGAUUACAGGGAUGGUUUAUUUUGGAUGCUAAUUGUACUUACGUAUGGAUGGAGAAUUCAGUUCUCAGUAUUAUAGGAAGAGCUGGCUCUGCUAUUAAAUAAUAUUCGCAGUACAUUUUAGCUUUCCAUGUAAUCUAGAUGGGUGCGUGUAAACAGGUUCGUUCGGCUCGACUUAGGAAUGACCAUAUAGAUUGGACUGGUAUAAGAUACUAAACAAAAGAGAAUCAUUUCAGAAUGGCAUGGCUGAUUGAAUUGAUU